GGACCAUCUGCUGCUGCGUAAGGGUGCUUCUCCUUCGUUUGUGAGAGAGAUAUGAGCAUUUAUUUGACUAGAUAAAGGAGAUAUGUCCGCUCAAGGAUUGUUAAGCAGUGUUUUCUCAUGUUCGCUAAGCCCCAGCAUUAUUUCCAAACGGAGACUGAGGCAGACCAGGAGUUUGGACCCGACUUUGAUGCGAUAUUAUGGUACUGAAGCUGAGGAGACGUCAUAUAAGGGUAACUUCACCUGGAGCAGCGUGCCAGGACGUCGCGUUGGCCUGAAGCCCGUCCCUUUGCAAAACCUCUCAGAGCUGGAAAGGGUUCGUCUCCAGGAUGUGGCCUUCAGGCGAUUGCUUCGGGAUCGUGACCUGGGCUGCCACAUCGCCAUCCCUAAAUGUGGACACAAGCACAGGAGGUUACUUAGGAGGAAGUUGGAUUCAUUAGCUAAAGAGAAGAACAAAGAGAAAGACACUACACCCCAGGCGUUUGGCAUACCGCUGAUGCAAGUCAUUUCCAAUGACCGUGCCCAUAAACAGCGGCUUGAUCCCCUACGGGUGGAGCACAGCGACCCCACUGAAUUGAUGCUGUCAUACCUUGAGCUCAACUCCGGCUUCAAAAGAGCAACCAAAGACUUCUCCAGCAGCACCUCAUCCCUUAGCUCCACUUCUGAGACCCCUAAUGAAUCAUCUCUUCUAAUCACACCUGAUGUAGCCCCACGAACACGCAGGAGGGGUGGAGUGUCUGUGGAUUGCAUCACUGAUCUUGAUGAUAACCAGUCUCGGCUCUUGGAGGCCCUCCAGCUGUCUCUGCCAGAAGAGGCAGCUGGCAACAGGAAGCGGCACCAUGACAAAAAGCUCAGCCUUAACCCUAUUUACAGACAGGUGCCCAGGGUAGUGAACGUCUGCUGCCAGCACCUGGAAAAAUAUGGUCUGCAGACAGUUGGAAUUUUCCGUGUCGGGAGUUCCAAGAAGAGAGUCCGGCAGCUUCGGGAAGAGUUUGACCAGGGAUGGGAGGUGCUCUUGGAUGAGGAGAACAGUGUCCAUGAUGUAGCUGCGGUGCUGAAAGAAUUCCUCAGAGACUUGCCUGACCCCCUGCUGACCAGAGAUCUUUACACGGCCUUUAUCAACACAAUGUUGCUGGAUUAUAAAGACCAAGAGAGUGCCAUCCAGCUCCUGAUAUUUUUGCUUCCUCCCUGUAACAGCGACACGCUGCAGCGCCUCCUCUGCUUGUUGUCCACUGUGGCCGCCCAUGCUGAAGACAGUUUGGACAACGAAGGACAAAAGAUCACAGGGAACAAGAUGACAUCACUCAAUUUGGCCACCAUCUUUGGACCCAACCUCUUGCGCAAACAGAAAACUUCUGACAAAGAGUUUGCAGUGGAGAGUUUCGCCCGUGCAGAGGAGAGUUCAGUCAUCAUCAGUGUGGUCCAAAGGAUGAUUAAUGCAUUUGCUGCAUUAUUUAUGGUUCCCCCAGACCUGCAGAAUGAAGUGCUGAUGAGUUUGCUAGAAACUGAUCCUGAUGUUGUGGAUUACUUACUGCGGAGGAAGGCAUCUCAGUCCUCACAUCCAAUGAUUCUUAGAACAGAAGAGUCCUUCUCUCUGACUGAGAGAUAUUUGUCCAGUGAUUCCAGUAAAGCAUCUAGCAGAGCGGUGUCUCCUUAUGACAACAACUCCCCUGUCCUGUCAGAGAGCAGUCCACUCUCAGACAGGGAAGCCAGACUUUCAGGGCAGUUCAAACCCAGUGGUCGUUCAAAACAUGGAUCUGGCAGCACUUCCCCUACACUCUCUACUGACAAAGAGGCUUCAACAAUUUGUGACAAUGACCAUUUCUGGAAUGAGCUGCUCAGUAAAGAUUUCACUGGCCAUCACAUCACUGGCUCCCCUGGAGACAUGUUGGAAUGUGAGUCCUAUGGAUCAUCAGAGGGGCUGAGCUGUCACCAAGGUAACAACAUGUUGCCCAUCAGACCAAGACAAACCUUAUUGGGUAUUUUGGAAUGCAAGCCACACCUCUCAGUGACUCAUAGCAGCAGUGGUCCUCGUGAUCAGAGUAGACAGAGUCAACCAGGAUCAUCAUUACAUCAGGGACUGAGUAGCCAAUCAGCAGCCAUUAGCUUGGACAACUUAGCAGAAAGGACAGAAUGCCCUGCAUGUCCACUGUUUAAGGUCAGAGUGGAUAAUUUGUCUCCGCUCCACUACUCCAGGCCUCUGAGGGAGAACCAUAUUUCUCACUCUGCACCCUCCCUCUUCAAGCAUCAGCCUGCUCCCCAAACCCCACAACAGUCCAGACAGAGCCCUGCCCCCCAGACUGUAGAUACAGUAGACUCCUCUGGGCCUGGGCAGGAAAAUUGCCCUGCUACACUGGAUCCGCAGACAAAGAGGUUUCAUAUAUUGCAGAUACUGUCAAAAGAAAAUGCAGACAAUCUGCCAGAAACCUUGGUGUGAUGCUUCAGCUGACUCUGAACUACACUGAAGAUUGCUUUUAGAGGUGGAGUCUGUUUCCUGUCACAUGACCAGAUACUGAACACUACUGUUUAUCUGUAAUUGUGCCAGUUAAAAUUUCUCGAUAGACCAGCAGAACUUUACACCACCUGUUUCUUAGAUGUGUUAUUACUGUUGUAUUAUUUUGCGGGGAUGUUAUCUCGUGCAUAUAUACAUAUAUAUCUAUAUAUCUAUAUAUAUAGAUAUAUAGAUAUAUAUUGUGU